AACACCAUGAAAUUUGUUUGGUUCAUAGCCUUCUUGGGAGUGGCUGUUGCCUUCCCCAUCAAUGAUGAUGAUGAUGAUAAAAUCGUGGGAGGGUACACCUGCCAGUCGCAUUCUGUUCCCUACCAAGUUUCCCUGAAUUCCGGAUACCACUUCUGUGGUGGUUCGCUCAUCAACAACCAGUGGGUUGUUUCGGCUGCUCACUGCUAUAAGUCACGUAUCCAGGUGAGACUUGGGGAACACAGUUUGACCUUAAACGAUGGCAGCGAGCAGUACAUUAAUUCAGCCAAAGUCAUCCGCCACCCAAGAUACAACGCCAACACACUGGACAAUGACAUCAUGCUCAUCAAGCUGUCCACCCAGGCAAGCAUCAACACCCGGGUCAGAUCGGUCAGCCUGCCCACCAGCUGCGUGACCACCGGGACACAGUGCCUCAUUUCCGGCUGGGGCAACACCCGCAGCAGUGGCACCAGCUACCCUGACCUCCUGCAGUGCCUGAAUGCUCCCGUGCUUUCCUCUAGCCAGUGCGCAAAUGCUUAUCCAGGCCAAAUCACGCAAAACAUGAUGUGUGUGGGAUUUCUGGAGGGCGGCAAAGACUCCUGCCAGGGAGACUCUGGUGGUCCGGUGGUCUGCAACGGGCAGCUCCAGGGAAUUGUCUCCUGGGGCAUUGGAUGUGCUCAGAAAGGCUACCCUGGAGUCUACACCAAAGUUUGCAACUACGUCUCGUGGAUUGAUAGCACUAUGAGAUCCAACUGAUCAAAAUCGAACAUGUUUUGAGAAGAUUCACUCUCCUCUCUUUGCAUGCACUGAGAGGACAUCCCAGUGAAUCGAAAUGUAUGGAUUCAAUACUCAAACAA